AUGGUUUCACAAUUAUUCGAAGAAAAGGCUAAGGCUGUCAACGAGCUGCCAACAAAACCCUCCACCGAUGAGUUAUUAGAAUUAUAUGCUCUCUACAAGCAAGCUACUGUGGGUGACAAUGACAAGGAAAAGCCGGGUAUUUUCAACAUGAAGGACCGUUACAAAUGGGAAGCCUGGGAAGGCUUGAAGGGCAAAUCUCAGGAAGAUGCCGAAAAGGAAUACAUCGAGCUUGUUGAUCAGCUGAUCGCCAAGUACUCCUCUUAG